GGCGCGGGACAGCCGGGCAUGGCGGCCGACCCGGGUCGCGGGGCUCGCUGGGCGGUCGGGCUGUGGCGGACCUGCAACGCGCUCAUGGCCGCUUUCUUCGCGCUGGCAGCCUUCGUGCAGGUCAACGACCCGGACGCUGAGCUGUGGGUGGUGGUGUACAUGAUACCUGCUGUGCUGACCCUGCUUGUUGGAUUUAACCCACUUGUCACCGGUAGCUUUAUUUGGAAGAGUGUUUCUGCAGCACACAUCUUGUUCUGCCUGGUGUGGGCUGCCGGCUUGGCGUGCUCCCUCUUGCUACACGCACAGCACAGUAUCCUACACGAGGAAGAAGGCAGGGAGCUGUCUGGCCUAGUGAUUAUCACAGCAUGGAUGAGCCUCUGCUACAGUUCCUCAAAGAAUCCAGUUGGUGGAAGAAUUCAGCUGCUUCUUGCCAUUGUAAUAGCUCUUUUCCCAUUUAUCUCAUGGGUCUACAUAUACAUAAACAAGGACAUGCGGUCUUCCUGGCCAUCACACUGCAAGACAGUAAUUUGAAUGGGCCUAAGAAUGGUGUUCUACAAGUGAGAAUAUGCAAUUUCUUGUAAACACUGGGGUAACUGAAUGGUUUUCCAGUUUAUUUCAGGUAGUGUGAGCUGAUACAAGAGGUAGUGUGAUCUAAGAACAAGAGAUUUAUAAAAGCUUUUGAGAACUUUUAGGACUCCCUGGGCUACAUUGUAAGAAUGAGGUCUGUUGUGCUCUGGCUGCUUUUCCUGAGAGGAACUGUGCUACGUGUAGUCCAAAGGCACAAGAAUGCAAGAUAAGAAAUGUGACUUGCUGGGCACAGCUAAUGACAUCCUUGAUGGCCAUUAGCUUCUCAGAAGGCUGAGGCAGGAGGUUUGCAGCCAGCCUGGGCAACACGACAAGGCCUUAAGAUAAAUAAAGCAUAAAAAUAAAUGCAUUAUCUAUGUGCCUUGGGCAAAUAUACUGGAUAAACAUCCUGGUGGUUAUUUUCUUAUCUAUAAAAUGGAAUAUCAGACCUGCUACUUACCCAAUUGCUACAAUCAAACUAUAUAUGAAAGUACUCUAAAAAUAUGAAGCUGCAAAUUUCAAAGGGCUACAUGUGAUUCAAAUAGGAACACUGAACUCAAGGUAGGUUCUAGAGAGACCUACAGCACUAAACUAAUCCCAUGAUACUGAGCCAGUUCAGUGGCAGGACAAGGAUUCCAAUUGAACCAAAUCAACCACCAUCUCUUGGAAUAAAAGGAUGUUGAGGGGAAAAAGGAACUUGGAACUAAUCAAGAAGGAUAUAGAGAAUAUUAAUUACUCAUGAUUAAUUACUCAUUAUUCCAAGAAAUAAGGCUAAAAUGUUCACUUUUUAAAAAAUGAGUAUCUGAAGUGACCCAAGGGAGGAAGUCAUUUUUUAAAGCUGUUCUCCCCACAAUGACAGCCAGUACAUGGUGAUUGAGUGCUUGAAAUGUGGCUAAGGGACUGAGAAAGUUAAUUUUCAGUGUUUCCCAUUUUCAUUUUUAAAACAAUAUUCAAUUAUUAGAAAGUAUUUGUGUGUGCCUGGAACAACUUGGGAGUGUGAAUCUACUUUUUCAGCAGGAAUUUGUAAAACUACGUGCAGAUCAAGUCUUUGGAACAAUUUAGUAUUCAAAUUAAUGGGCUGUUAAGUAUAAAAUACACAUCACAUUUUAAAGAAAUUAUACUAAAGGAAUGUCAAAUAUUUUUACA